AUGAUGUUUUUGCGUCACCUGCUCCCAUUAAGUGCUCUGGUGUUAGCAGCGGCCGACCCUAACAAGCAGAUACCGCUCGGUGGGAAAGAUGUGUCUCUUUGCGAGCAUCCCGAUUACAAAGUGCACAUUGUGUCAAGAUCUCCGCUCGUGAUGUACAUUGAGAACUUCAUCACAGGAGAAGAGAGGGCACAUUUACGCGAGAUCACCAAGGACACAUUCGCUCAUUCAGAAGUAACUUCUUCGGCAGGUGCCGGUAAUGCUCUUCACCGAGUACGCACCUCUCAAUCUACAAGAGUAGACUCCGGCGACCCAGUGGUGAGAUGUAUCGAGGACAGGGCCCUGGCCUUUCAAGGGUUCGACGUGUCGCGCGACCAUCUCGAGCCACUUCAGCUCGUCAAAUACGCCCCGGGAGAACACUACCAUUACCACACAGACUGGUUUACCGACGUCCCUCGACAUGCGAAUGCCGCGCUUGGUGGGAACCGCAUUUCAUCGUUCUUUGCAUAUAUCACCGCCCCAGGAAACAACACAAAGGACGAGGACCGUAUCACCGGAGGCGGCACCAACUUCCCGUUACUGCGGGCCCCGCAUGAUCCCAGGUGGUGCCAGUGGAUCGACUGCGAUGAGGAGUGGGAAGAAGGGGUGUCGUUUAGACCUGUUGAAGGCAACGCCGUGUAUUGGGAGAACUUGCUGGAGAACGGGAUGGGCGACCAGAGGGUAUUGCAUGCAGGUCUCCCGGUUAUCACCGGGUCAAAGAUUGGGAUGAACAUUUGGACGAGACAAGGACCUUUGGAUCAAGGUAUCCGGGGUUCAGUGUGA